UUCAUGUCCGCUGCGGACAUUAAUAGACAAAACGUCGGCAAAAAAAGGAGAGCGAACAUGAAUGAAUGGAAGGACAGAGCAAGGAAGUCUUUGAGGGAUGCUGGGAAACCAUAUGUGAACCGGAGAGGAGAGCAAAAACGAGGAAAAAGUCCACCAAAAGAGGGAAAGGCGUGCAAGGAGACAUGUCCCAGGCAGUGUUCAAGCCUAACAGACCAAAGAAAACUCCAGCUCUUCACAGAGUUUUAUGCUGUCUCUUAUGAGAGGCAGCAGGCUAUCAUUCUCUCUGGUUUGGAGCAGGUAUGCUAACUUAAGCAAUUCAUGACCAUAUCAUGUCAACAGUAUGCAAUGCAUUACAAUGUAGGCCCAUGAAAUAACCAGUGAAUUGAAUACUUUCAAUUCACUAAGACUGCACAUGUGCCUGAUCACUGAUCAUCCCAAUAUGUCUUUUUACUUCUAGCACAAGGUGAGUCGCAGACGACCACGUGGGCCCGACACUGAGAAUACUAAGAGGAAGUACACCUUCAAGUACCAUGUGCAACAAGGAGGCCAAAGACUUGCUGUUUGUAAGCUCACAUUUAUGUCAGUCUUUCAACUGACCAACAGUCGCCUACAGGCAAGUUUUAUACAGCCUAGCUUUUUCCAUUUGUUAACUUUUUAUUACAUGCAUGAUUUUAAUUAGAUACAUUGUCCAUAACAUAUUUAUUUAAAGUUACUUAUCUUUGAAAAGGUUAUUCAAGAAAAGUUAGGCAGUCAGUCUGAGGGAACAGAGCAGGUAGUCAGGUCUCCAUUAGAGGACUUCAGAGCAAAACAUAAGAACAGGUAAAAAAAAAAAAAUCUUGAAGGACCUCAUGCUCUCGUCCUGUUAGUUUUUAAAGCUGCACCAAUGUCAGCAUCAGUUGCCCUACAACAUUCCCUGAUCUAAUGGUGCACUGGACGCUGGCAUUAUAGGGCGUCGGGUGCCUUGCCACCCUAUAACGCCAGCAUGCACAAACUGUAAUGGUUAGGAUUCAGCUCACUGUUGUUGCCCAGUCAGGAAACAUAUUUUUGCACUUUGAGAUCGAUAUCAGAGGUAAAGUGCUAUGCAAAUGUAAUGUAUGAUCCCGGGAUUUCGAGAUCGGCCAAAAUGUCCGGGAUUCGGCUUUUGCGUUCUACAGUUGCCAUUCAUUGUGUUUACUGUGGCGAGCAGGACGAGACUGAGGGCCGCUGGAGAACGGCGCGAGGCCGGUGGCGUGAUUACUGAUGAGCGACACCUGUGAGACGCACCGGUCUCGUAUCUCUCACGGAGGAGCGGGAAUUUUCUUAGCAAUGCUAAAACGCACACAUCAAUCGAUCACAUGUUUAGCGUUCAUGUAAACACUACAUUCAGAUUCACCAAUCAGAAUGAAUUCAGUUAGAUUGAAACAAAAGGUGUGCAUGUAAACAAUGACGAUUUUUGCAUCAUCGGAGGAUUUUUUCCAGACAAAAAAUACAUAAAUCUCUCAUCUCAGGGGGAUAUGAGGGAGGAAAGCAUGGUAAUUCGAAAAUACUACUGGUUUUCUACUAAUACAAAGCUUAAUGCUAAAUCCUGAAGUAUCCCUUUAAUGAUUGUUUGUGAAAAACAAAAUCCUAUAGUUUAGAGAAAAGUUUACAAUUAUAUUAAAUUUUAUUGUCACAGAAACAAUGCAAUUGUGCAAAACAGACCAGCAUAGUUUAUUAUAUUUCCCUUGUUCAUGAGUUGUGUUGUUUAUUUUUUAGGCCUCAUAGCAUUCAUCCUGCAGUGAGAGAGGGGAUAAGAGAGCACAUCCUGAGCUUCCCACACCAACCGAACCACUACUCACGGAUGAAGGGAGAUGUGGAGAGGGAGUACCUGAGCCCUGAUUUAAACCUGCUCCGCAUGUUCCGCCUGUACAAGGAAAACAAUCCAGCAUCCACUGCAAAGUUCUGGCUCUAUAGGGACAUCUUCAAGCAGCAAAACCUCAGUUUUGGGCAGCCAAGAAGUGAUACUUGUGCAAAAUGUGACACCCUGUUCUCAAAAUUAGUAGCUGCUACAACAGAUGGAGAAAGGUUGAAGAUCACAGCCGAGAGUGAGCUUCACCACUGGAAAGCCGAAAAAGCGUACACCCAGUUGCAGGCUGACACAGAGUGGGCCAAAGCCAGUGAUGACUGCCAUGUCAUUUGUAUCGACAUGCAGGGGGAAGUGUUCACGCCAAACCUGACACACUCCAAAGUGUACUAUCAACGGCAGCUGGCCAACUACAACCUCUGUAUCCAGGAGAUGGGCACUGACAAACCUCCUACAAUGUGCCUCUGGCAUGAGGGCAUCACUCACAGAGGUUCCAUCGAGGUGGCAAGCUGUCUUUUGAAGUGGGCAGAAACAUCUUUCGCUCCCCUAGUCCAGGCAAAGGAACGGAAGCUCAUCAUCUAUAGUGACCGAUGCUGUGGGCAGAACAACAACUGGUGA